AGACGCAGUGGCGUGCUUCGAGACGGCUGAUUAGUUGUUGUACGGAAGCCGUAGAAGCAGCGUCGACAAUGAUCCGAGCGAUUGCAUCAGUCCUCUUUUGCGCCGUUUUAUGUUCUUGUUACUCAUCAUGCGUCGGCUACGCAUACAUGGACUGCGGUUCGACAUUGGGCAGUUUUUCGAGUGUUUCAGUUUCGGGUUGUGAUACGAAUACUGAAAGUUGUCAUUUAAUACGUGGUACUAAUGCUACGAUAAACAUCAAAUUUAAGCCGAACACUGACAUCAGCCAGGUAAAUUUGCAUGUGUUUGGUGUGAUACUCGAUGUUGAAAUACCUUUUCCCAUGGAUAAACCGGACGUAUGCAAGGAUCUUGAAUGCGGAGUGCAUUGUCCUUUGAGAAAAGAUCAAGAGUACAAUUACACGACUUCGAUGUUCGUGAAAAAGGCGUUUCCCAAAGUUAAAGUUCAGAUUAAAUGGGAGUUUGUGGACGCGCAUAAUCAAAUGAUAGUGUGUAUACAAUUUCCGGCCAAAAUUUGGAAAUAGUGAAUUAUGACAUUUCCAAUAUUUACCUCAGAUUACUUCAAAAUCAUCUAGACGAAAAUAAGAUGAAGAUUCAUAAAAUCACCUUAGAUGAUAUGAAGUUGAUUCUGCUCAAAAUUAUCUACAAAAGGACCAUUAAUUCAUAUAUUAUUCUAUAUAAGAUAAGAGGACCAUUGCAAUAUUUAUUUAGAUAAGUUUAUUUUUA